AGGCAACCUCAUUUUGUUUCUUACAACAAUUGUUUCCUUAAUUUUUGCUCUCAAAUUUCAACUCUGUUGCGUUUGCUAUCAUCUUUCCCACAAUCAAAUGAGUUCAUUUUUUAAAAAAUGGUUUCAAGAAUCUGUUUUCGACUCUUCCUCUGAUGAAGAGUUAGAGGAGAUGCUCAUAUUCCAAGCAGAGCAGCAGAGGUUGGAGAGGAUGAGGGCCUCAGCAUCACGUACUCCUCGAUUGUACAUCGAUCGUGGCUUUAUUGAGGGUCACAACCGACUUUUCAAUGAUUAUUUUGCUGAGAAUCCGGUUUAUCCUCAUGACCGAUUCAGAAGAAGAUUGCGAAUGAGACGUGAUCUAUUUCUUCGCAUCCAGUCUGCAUUAGAGGCUCAUGAACCUUAUUUUCAGCAAAAAAUGGAUGCAGCUGGAAAGUUGGGAUUAUCUUCACUUCAGAAGAUUACAGCUGCGUUACGAAUGCUUGCAUAUGGUGUCUCUGCCGACCUUUUGGAUGAGUAUGUGCUAAUCGGAGAGAGCACUGCGGUGUUGUCUAUGAAGAAAUUUGUGAAAACAGUGAUAUCUGUUUUUGGAAACGAAUACUUGCGAUCCCCAAAUAGCGAUGAUGUUGCGAGAUUGUUGGCUAUCGGUGAAAGUCGAGGCUUCCCCGCUCAAGGACGUUUCCCACCAGUGCACUAUUAUGUCAAUGAUCACCAUUACUCAAUGGGUUACUAUCUCGCUGACGGUAUCUACCCAUCGUGGGCGACUUUUGUCAAAACAAUUCCUAUGCCACAAACCAAUAAGGCUAGACAUUUCAAAAGGAUGCAAGAAUCUUGCCGAAAGGAUGUUGAGCGUGCUUUCGGUGUUCUUCAAGCAAGGUUUGCAAUAGUACGCGGGCCAGCUCGCUACUUCAAACGUUCAACACUUCAUGAUAUAAUGUUGGCGUGCAUAAUAUUACACAAUAUGAUUGUUAAAGAUGAACGACAUUUACACGUUCAACCUGACAUUACAGACAUGUAUGAUCAAGCUGAAGAUGGUCCUCCUACGCCAGUACUGGAGCACUUACGAACUCGUGAGUUUCAAGACUUUGUUAACCAAUACAUCCGCAUUCAGGAUAGAGAAAUACAUACCCAACUUCAAGCUGACCUUGUGGAGCAUUUGUGGAACAUUAAUAGCAAUGCUUAG